GUUUCACUUCUUGUCCACAGCUUCUUGUAAAAAUUUGAGGAAAUUGAGAUCGAAACAAAUCAACUCAUACGUACGAUUAGGAACGCUUCCAGUUUAUAUCGGGAUAUAUUAAUUUGUAUCCCGGUAAUGUCCUACUGAAGUAUAGUCUGCGUAGCUAAUUGGGCCGUAAAAAUGGCUGAAGAACAGCUGAGGUAUAGUGAUUUGUGUAGGUUGUGUGCUGCAAAAACUAGCUUGGUGAUGGCCAUACACAUCUUCGAGUCCGAAGGUGAGAUGAGGCAAAUAGGGAAGAAGAUCGAGGCUUGUCUGCCAGUUCAGGUACACGAGGGUGACCAGCUGCCCAAGAUGAUAUGUGAAGAUUGUAUAUACAAGCUGGAACUCCUCUCCGAUUUUCGAGAGAAGUCCGCAAAAACCGAGAAGAUACUGAUUGAAUUGUUCAAAGAACUGAACUGUCCAAGACUGCAGAACCAACACACCAUCAUGGUCGAUCAAAAUGACUUGAUCAUGGUGCAGUCCCAUCAGCUGUUGGCAGAUCACACUCUCCCACACAUAGAUCUGGCUUUAAACCAAAGAGACACUAUGAUGGUUGAACAUGAAAUCAUUUUGUCACACCAUAAUGUUGAUAUAAACUCUCAGUCUUUGGAUAGUAUAGAGCUAAGUGGUCCCAGUUUAACAAAUGCUGAUCUCUCCAAUCAUACCCAAGAUAGUAUUAUGGUGAACCCACAUGAAUCGCAAGACAUUCAAACAAGACAUUUUAAUGAAGAUAAUCUCACUUUAAUGCAACAACAUCAGUUACUUAAUGAGCAGCUGAGGCUCCAUCAUGGACUUCAUGUCACUUUGGAUGAAGAAAGUGCAUCCUUGCCAAUACCAACUGAACCAUUAAAAUCGGACAUGGACCAAAGCGAGUCUCUGCUUUCUGGCUCCUCUCCACCCGUUAAAAACGGGACGGAAAUUUUUGAAGAAACGAUCCGCGAACUUCCAUUACCUGAGCAAUAUAAUGGAAAUAUCUCUGCACAAGUGAAACUGGAAGAAGUGGCAGUCAUUGGAUCCCAAAACAAACAGAUUUUCGUCCCGAAUGGAGUACACGUUGUACGCAUGAAUAACAAGGAUUGGUAUUUUUGUAAUCUGUGUGAUAAGGCCUAUGAACAAAGGCAGGAGUUUGAUAAACAUUACGAAUCGCAUUUCUUCAAAUGUCAAGAGUGCUUGGCGGUUUUCUUUAACAUGGAAAUGUUAAAUGAACACAGGAAGGUGCACACCUCUCCUUUGGAUACAGAUGAGCCCUUGAAGGAUGAGAAACAACAAGUGAAAGCAGACUGUGAUACGAAAAAAGACGCCGACACAUUAAAGCCUGACACCAAGGAAGAAUCAAAUACAGCAGAAACUGCUCCAGAACCUACAGGCGAAGACGAAGGAGGCGGCGGUGGCAAAAAGAAGAAGCAAUGGACACCAAAAGUGUGUCCAACUUGCGGCAAAUCAUACAAGACUAACUACAAACUUCAGGAGCACUUGCGCAAACACACUGGGGAGAAACCCUAUCGAUGUACAAGCUGCGACAAAGCAUUCCGUUCGAAGAUAGGCCUAACUCAGCACGAGGCGGUUCAUACCGGACAAUAUCUAUACUCCUGUCCCACCUGCGGCAAAGGUUUUCAAUGCAAGAGUUAUCUGAUGGUACACCAACGCGUUCAUUCCGACGUUAAGCCGUACCACUGCACCACGUGUGGCCAAGACUUCAAAACCAAGCAGGCACUGUUGGACCACACCAACCGCCAUUUGGGCGUGAAGCCCUACAUCUGUGAUAUUUGCGGCCGUGGUUUCAUCACCAAAGGACUAUGUAAGGCCCACGAGAAGAUCCACACAGGCCUGGAUAACCGGAAGUACGCCUGCAAGGUGUGCUCGAAGAUGUUCGUGUCAAAAAGCUAUCUGGCCACCCAUCUGCGCAUCCACACCGGGGAGAAACCGCACCAGUGCCAAGUGUGCGACAAGGGAUUCGUGACGCGGGUGGAUCUGCGCAUACACUCGACCCUACACACCGGCGAGAAGGCCUUCGUCUGCGAGAUAUGCGGCAAGGCAUUCGCCCGUCGCGACGCCCUUCGCUGCCACCGACGUUCCCACACCGGCGAGCGGCCGUACAGCUGUGAAAUCUGCGGCCAGACGUUCACGCAGUUCACACCGAUGGCGAUUCACAAGAGGCUGCACACUGGUGAGAGGCCCUACAGUUGCGACACGUGCGGCAAGGCUUUCGUGUCGCGUUCCACGAUGUUGGCGCACGCCAAGAAACACGACCGGUGAGGAGAGAUCGUCCCUAAGAAAUGGAGAUAAAUUAUCAAUACUGUUGCUUUCGAAUCCGCCGAAAUGGUGGUUUAAGCUAACGUACCGUCACAGAGGCUAAUGGCGUUGAAAAUUAUGACGAGAAGAACUUUCAUGAGGCUUUCGUGUCAUCCGCACCUACGCGCAAUAAUCGUACUGAAAAAUAUUGUCAUAGGAUAUCGUUAGUUUAUUUUCAAAUGAAAUAAUGGUUUAAUUACAGGAUAUGUAUGUCAUUUGAAUUCAAAAGGAGAUAUAAACUGGGUUUAGUUGGAACUAAAAUAAAUUCAUGACAAGCAGUUUAUCAAAAUGUAUGUGUUUGGAGAAGAUUUUUUGUUAUUUUUUUUUUCUUACAUUCCAUAAAUUGGUCACAAGGGGUUUAAAUUUAAAUAUUUCGAAGCCAAGGCGAAAAAAGUAUGGGAAUUAUUUUGUCUUUACGUUUAAUUAUAUUAAAAAAAAGCAUCACUGCUUGAUUUGUACUGUGGCUAUGAAAUAGAAAAAUAAAUAUGGAAGAAAAAUAUUAGCAAACGCAGUAUGCUCUAAUUAAUGCAAAAGGUAGCGUACAGAAAAUAUUGCAUUAUUCGCUUUAUAAUUCUUUGCUUGGCAAACACAUUUUUCUCUACUAUUAAAUUUUAUGGAAAGGAAAACUCUGUGACGGUAUAAAUUUCUCACACUUCAUUCUCGAAUAAUAAGACUGUAUUAAUUAUGUACAUUAUGUAUUAGACUUUUUAUAAAAUAAAGUAUAUAUGAAAGUAAAA